CUUCCAUCUGAAUUGCAUUGGUACUGUUUGGGAAGUGGAGGAGGAAUACUUUCCCAUAUUAUAUGUCAAGAAAAAAAGAAAAAAAAAAAUAUAUAUAUAUAUACUAAACAAGUAGCUUACUAAAAGAUAAAUAAAGAUACAGAUAGAUCAUGGAUUCCGAGAGAGCUAGAUUUGUUUUGGUUCUUCCACCGUUUCUAUGCAGAAGGGCAGGGUUGAUUAUGUGGCUGCUGGCUUAUCUUGGACUCAGUGGAUGUGUUACAUUUGGCCCACACAAAAUGGAAGAAGACUAUGAAGAUGCCCCAAUUAAUAAGACAUGGGUUUUAGCACCAAAGGUCCAUGAAAAUGAUGUCACCCUUAUUCUGAAUAAAUUACUCCAAGGAUAUGAUAACAAACUCAGACCAGAUAUUGGAGUGAGGCCAACAAUAAUUGAAACUGGUGUAUAUGUAAACAGUAUUGGACCUGUUGAUCCUAUAAAUAUGGAAUAUACAAUUGACAUAUUCUUUGCCCAGACAUGGUAUGAUAGCCGACUGAAGUUCAAUAGUUCUAUGAAAGUGCUCAUGCUGAAUAGCAAUAUGGUGGGCAAGAUCUGGAUCCCAGAUACAUUUUUUCGAAACUCAAGGAAAUCAGAUGCCCAUUGGAUAACAACACCUAACCGUCUACUUCGACUGUGGAAAGACGGGAGGGUCCUCUACACAUUAAGGUUGACUAUUAAUGCAGAAUGCUACCUUAACCUGCAUGACUUUCCUAUGGAUGAGCACUCCUGUCCACUGGAGUUUUCAAGCUAUGGGUAUCCAAAAAAUGAAAUUCUCUAUAGAUGGAAAAGAAAUUCGAUAGAAGUAGCAGAUCAAAGAAACUGGAGACUCUACCAAUUUUCAUUUGUAGGGUUACGAAAUACUUCGGAAGUUGCACGCAUUCAAUCCGGAGAUUAUAUAAUCAUGACAGUAUUUUUUGAUCUGAGCAGACGGAUGGGCUACUUUACCAUACAAACAUAUAUUCCUUGCAUCCUGAUAGUUGUUCUUUCGUGGGUGUCAUUCUGGAUUAACAAAGAUGCGGUGCCAGCCAGGACAUCAUUAGGUAUUACUACAGUAUUGACAAUGACGACACUGAGCACUAUUUCAAGGAAGUCCUUGCCAAAGGUGUCUUACGUUACAGCUAUGGACCUCUUUGUAUCAGUGUGCUUCAUCUUUACAUUUGCUGCACUGAUGGAGUAUGGGACCUUGCAUUACUUCACUAGCAACAGAAAGCCAAAGAAAGACCAGGCAAAGAAGUCAAACCAGGCGCCUCCAAAGUCUUCCGUCAUAGAUAUCCGACCAAGAUCAACGCUACUUCAGGUGAACAACAUGGCCUACUUUCAAGAACAAAAUGAUUAUGCAUGUGAGUGUCUUGAUGGGAAGGAUUGCUCCAGCUUCUUCUGCUGUUUUGAAGACUGUCGUACAGGAGCUUGGAGAGAAGGGAGAGCGCAUGUCCGGGUUUCAAAAAUUGAUACCUAUGCCAGGAUCUUCUUUCCAACUGCAUUUGGUUUGUUUAAUCUUGUUUAUUGGGUUGGGUAUCUAUACCUGUAAAACCAGCAAUGGUGAAAUAAAGGGUUGUGAAUAUACUACAUACAUCAAUUCAAACAAAUUUAAACAUAUAAUGCUUUCAUCAUUCGUGACCUGAUGCAAAUUUUAUAAUAAUGCUUCAUGGCAAUUUUACGCAAAAAUUGACAGCAAUUGUACAAAAUUAAAACCAGAUAUUCGACUCUAGAGAUAUUUAAAUAAAUAAAUAAAACAAGAAUGCACAUAAGCUAUUUUAAUACUUACUGAUGGAAUUCGUCUACCAAUUCAAAAAUGAUCAGUAACUUGCUGACAUACAUAGACCUAUCUCCAGGCUGUAAAGUCUGAAAUGUAUUUGCCUUAACUGACCUCUAGUUAAGCAGAGGAUGUAUGUUGAACAGGUUGAUUCGCACUGGCCUCCUGUAUAACCCCCAGCAAAGCUUCUGUCUGGGUUCUCUGUCUGGUAAAUCAAUAUUUUGACUACUUGGCACCUACUGUAUAUUUAGAAGAAAAAUGUAUUUGCUCUCCCAAGGAGGCCCGGCAAGCUUAGCCGUAGAACUUGCUUGCUUUACUCAUGCAUACACGCCACAGAAUAGAACAUGAGUGUGAGACUUUAACAAAGGAAAGGACACAGGGGCAGGAAACUGACAGUAUAUGUUCGUGCCUACUCGGCAGACCAUGGAGUUUUCUUGGACCUGAAGGUGAUGGUUAGCUAGUCCAAGAUUAGUGCUUGGCUCUGAGGAUAUACAUUAGAUUAUUUAUGAACAAAUAUAACAAACAAGACCUGAACAUACACUCCUCUUCUCAAAGCAUUUCUCUAACUUAGUUUUCUUUUUACUUUUGCUGAAGAGAUAAGUUUAUCAUCUCAAAAGACAAUUUAAUCCAAAUUACACUGUAGGUUCCAAAUGAAUGACAAAUGUGUGUCUUAAAUUAUACAUAUUAAAGGCUGUGCAAUUGGACAAGGCUCAAUAGGUAAAUAAAGUGCUGGGAAGUGAGUGGUAAAUCAUGUCAUUCACUUAUGAAAUAGUACGAAACUCAAAUGCUUUCACUUUUAUUCAUUUUGUGAUGUAUUCUUAAGGGCCUGAUUGUCUUGUCUAUUGGUCUGUUAAAAAAAAAAAAAAGGUAAGAAGGGUGAUAUGUUAUUUGACAAAUAGACUAAAGAACAGGUAAGCAUAGCAUGUAAUAAAAAUAUUGAUUUUAAAAGUUUUGAGGAAAAACACUUUGAGAAUUUGCAAGAAAGGCAAUCAAACAGUAUCAAUUGCACUUUCAAUACAAACUUCAAUAUUUGUGUUCAUUUUUGAGUUGAUACUUGUGUUUGUUUUUGCUUUAGAUAAAUAACAGUGGUACAUUCGUUAAGGUAAACCAUAAAUAUAGAAUACAGAACAGAAUUCAGGAUAGCUUUUUCAUCAUGGACACUUUCACAGAACUACAGUAAAAACUGUGAAUGAGGUCAUAUGACUAUUAUUAUUAUUAAUUAGAUAUUUAGCAGACUCUUUUGUCCAAAACGACAUACAGAGAUUAGGGGGUGAACUGUGCACCAACAACUAGGAUCUUGGUUUUACAUUUCAUCUGAAGGAACGAGCACAAGGAGGUUAAGUGACUUGCGCAGUCACACACAGUGAGUCAGUGGCUGAGCAAGGAUUAGAAUCGGGGAUCUCCUGAUAUCAAGCCCUUUUCUUUAACCAUUGGACCACCAAGCCACAUUCCUCAUAUAUAUGAUUGCUUUUGGGAAAGGCUUCCUGCUGCUGUCAGCUGCUGUUUUAAUGAACUUGUUUAGAAAUAGAAUAUAGGGUUCUGACACAUUGCAAAGUAAAUAUAUUCAAAUUUACUAGUAUAGGGGACAUUGGCAUGUGGCCAGUAUGAGGCCUAUCAUCCUACAGCACAUGACAUUCUGACAGUGGAUUUCCAGUGUUUCAUUGUACGUGUCAUUUUAAUUGCCAGUUUUUAGAUGUGCAAGUAAGUCAAACUUCUGUUUAAAUACAAUCUCUGGAACACCUAAAGAUAUCCUUGAAAUGUUAAAUGUUAAACAAAGAACAAAAUGCAUAACUAUAUACUGUGAUUCUUGAUUAACUUGCAAACCUCAGGCCUUGGAUAUUCAGAUACAUUGGUGUGGAUUUCUUCUGCAGUUUAUAAAAUGUAUUUAUAUUUUUAUAUAUGUGGGUAGAAGAAAAAUAUACUAAAUAGUAGAAUUAAACAAACAAAUCAUUUUAGCAACAUAGAUAUUAAUAUAGAAUUGGAUUAGCCUACAAUUUUUUGAUAGAAAGAAGUAUUAAGCCAACAUUGUACAUGUGUAAAAGUGAAUGCUAUGUUCUUGUGUAGAAACAAAAUAUAUAUUACAGCCUACCUUUGCAAUAUAGUUAACUGGGUAUCAGUCUUGUAAUACCAAUAAGAUUCAAACUAGAAAGCUGGAACAACUGUAAUAUAUUGCAUUUUAGAUGUGAGCUUUUUAUAGAAGCUCCAAACUAAUGUGAAAAAUACCUUAAAUGCCUCUUUAGAUGAUUAUAGUUGGUCGGGCUACACAAACACAACUUUAUAUUUACUCACAUGUAGUUCUGGAUGUUGCAUUGUUGUUUGCCAAAGCUUAAUAAAAUGAAAAAAAAAAUCUUCAAAUUCUAGAGGCCUGUAGCUGCAUGUAAAAGGGGUGGGGGCAGAGAAUGACAUCUGAUUUGCUUGUUUCUGAGCAACAGAGAAUCUGAAUUGUACUGCAGCAUCACAUCAAUGUUUUAAGUUACCGUGGUGCUGUGUAGAUAGCAAAGAACACAGACAAAGAAAUUCAUAAUGACCUAAUUGCAGCUACAGCUAUAAUGGAAAGCUCUAAAAAAAGUAAAAUAAAUAAACACAAUAAAUGCCAGGAAGCAAACAGAACAAAAUGUUGGAAAUGCGUUCAAUGAGAUGGAGCCUACCAACUUACAAACUUACUCUUUAAGAUGGCUGUUAAAGGCUGUUUAUUACUGGCCUGUAUGUUACGCACUACUUAUGGGUUUUCAUAUUCUUGUAAAAUACAUUGGAAUUAGGCCGGAUCAAUCAAUUUGAUGAGUUUAACAAAACAAUUGCAACUUGCUUUGUUGAAACAAAACUGAUUACAAUUGAAAUGGAUCCUAAUUGUAUUGAUUUGUAUUCUAAACAACAGUGGAUUGAAAUACCUGAAUUUGUACUACUAUUGAUUGAUUGAGUAUUACAAAUAUAAACUAUAUGCCAUAUAUAUCCUGGACUACAACUGUAAAUAGGAUUUCAAUAAUAUUUAUUGGGCACCGCUAUCUCAAACAGUGAAUGCAAGUCUGUUUUGUGUAUUUAUAUAUGCUAAGGUAUAUAAAACACCAUUGAGGGCCCUGUCCAGAAAUUGUGUUUGUAAUUAGAUCUGACACCUUUCAUGUUAUUUAAAUAAGGUCCCUUGUGACACACUAGAUAUGUAUUAAUGUAUAAAUGUGAUGUUAUUGUGUGCAUUGGGUCUUGUUCAGUUAGAUAUCUCCUGUGAGUCACUUUGAUAAAGUAAUUUGAAAAAACUGCAUUCCAAGCGUUAGCAUACAACAAAUAUAGUGCCCAUUCAUUGAAAACCAACAAAAUAGGAAAUAAUGCAUGUCGCUUUUAGUGUGUGUGCUUUACUAAUACAUUCAAAUCUUUGCUUUCAUGUGGGUUUGGUGUGUGACAACAAUGCCUGUUCGUUUAAGUAGAACGUUAAUAUCAAAUUCAACAAUUCAUAUCAUUCAAUUAAUAGAAUGUUGCAUAUUUAAAAAUUAUGGUUGCAUUCCACACGCAAGUUACUACGUAUAUUGUAAUACUUGUAUAAAUAAAAAAAUGAUUAAAAAAAAAACACCAAUGAAUAUUCAAAAGCAUGACUGUGUUGAAAAGUUGUUGUUUUUUUGUUUGUUUGUUUUUUUAAGUAAAAAAAAAAAAGUCUACUGCAUUUGUUCUAAAUGUGUCCAAACUUUGCUUUUGCCAAGACUACAUAAUUCUUAUAGUGAGUUUCUUGAAAAGUUGUCUUAUUAAUAUAAUGUCUGACUUCUAUUUCUCAUUACAUAACAUGUGAUUGUUUACCGUAUGUAAGUGUUAUAGUCUUGUGUCCAUGCAUUUACUGUAAGGGUUAAUGUCUUUGUGUCCGUGCAUUUACUGUAUGUGUUAAUAUCUUUGUGGCUGUACAUUUACUGUAUCUGAAAUGUAUCUGAUUCACUGUGAACAAUAAAACAGUGCCUACAAAAGCACAAAAGACUAAAGCACUUCCUUACCAUAUUCUCAGGUGGCACAGCCACAUUUAAUACAAACGUUACACCAUACAAGUUAAG